GUACUGUUUAUUACUACCUUCUGAAAAGGGUGUUUUGGUCUUUAACAAAACUGGCUCUAUCAAAAAACUUAACCCUAUAUGUUCAUAUUCUUCCCACUUACACUCCCCAACUGAAUCUUUCUUAUUUUUAUUUUAUUUUAUUAUAAUUAAUUUUCCCCUCAUGUUCUGUGUACUUAUUACUCUCUGCACUGCUAGACUCAUAUAGUGAAAUCUCUGUGCUUUAGAUCUCUCCUUCUUUCCCUUUCUGCAAACCCUAGCUUUCUCUCUCUUGGGUUUUCAGUUUCAGAAACGUACUACCAUUACUGUUUAUUGUGUUACUUCUUUUAAGGUAUAUACUUUGUUGAGUGUGGGUUUCUAGUGUUUUUCUCAUUUUGAAUUUUUUUGUGGAUUUAGGGAUUUUGGUGGAUGUGAAAUUAUGCGUUUUAUUGGCAUUUCAUAGCAAACAGCACGCAUUUUCGUUAUUAUUUUUUUAAGGUGGUGAUUGUUAAUUAUUAUAAAGAUUUUGGUGGUUUUGUUGGUUGGAGUUCAUUGAGGAGGAGAUAAGGUUUUGGUACUGUUGGUGGUGGUGAAAUUGUUCUCAUUAGGGGAAUUUAGGUUAGUGGAUUUGAUAAAAGAUUGAAAAUUGCAGAGUAGGAAAUUAGUCUUUAUUGAGAUUUUGCUGGAGUUUCCAGUGUUGGUACUUAAAAAGUUUUAAUCUUUUAGUGAGUUUUGUUAGACUCGUUUUUGGUUGCUUUGGCCGAAAACAAAUGGGAUUGACAGAAUUUUGAGUUAUAUAGGUUAGAUCCUUUCCGUCAUUUAUCUAGGGAAUGUUCUUUGGUUGUGUUUGAUGGAAGUGGGAAAGGAAGAAGAGUUUAGAAUUAUGAAAAUGAGAAAUUUGAAGGGUAAUUAUUGAUUAUAAAGCAAGGAGUUGUUGGAGGUGGUUUUUGUGCGUAAUGGGUUGCGUUUGCUGUAAACCCUCUGCAAUUGAAGAUAGCAAAGAGAGCCCCAGAGAGAGGCUCUCCAGCAAGGUCUCAGCAGACUUGCGAGUAUCGAGGGCCACCUCAUCGAGGAGGGAGGAAGCAUAUAGAGUGAAGGAUCGAUAUGACAGUAAUGAUGGAAGGGCAAUGCUGAUUGAUAAGCACUCAAAUGGUUCAGUUAGAUUGCAUGGAAGUGAGAAUGCAGAGAGGAAGAGGGAGAAGAUGGAAUAUGCUGUCGCUCAACAUCCUGGGAUGGGUACCAUACCAAAAGCAACUGAAGGGGAGCAGGUUGCAGCCGGAUGGCCUUCCUGGCUAGCAGCAGUGGCUGGAGAAGCAAUCAAAGGAUGGCUGCCUCGGCGUGCGGAUUCUUUUGAGAAGCUGGAUAAAAUUGGCCAGGGGACUUACAGUAAUGUUUAUAGAGCUCGUGAUCUUGACCAAAAGAAGAUUGUUGCUUUGAAGAAAGUAAGAUUUGAUAACUUGGAACCUGAGAGUGUUCGUUUCAUGGCCAGGGAGAUUCAUAUAUUGCGCAGGCUUGACCACACUAAUGUAAUAAAAUUAGAGGGUCUAGUUACAUCCAGGAUGUCUUGCAGUUUGUACCUUGUAUUUGAGUACAUGGAGCAUGAUUUGGCUGGGCUUGCCUCACAUCCUGGUCUGAAGUUUACAGAAGCACAGGUGAAAUGUUACAUGCAACAACUUUUACAAGGACUUGAUCAUUGCCACAGCCGUGGUGUUCUGCACCGUGACAUUAAAGGCUCCAACCUAUUAAUUGACAAUAAUGGUAUAUUAAAAAUUGCAGACUUUGGUCUAGCAAGUUUUUAUGAUCCUACUCAUAUCCAACCACUCACAAGCCGUGUUGUAACACUUUGGUACCGUCCUCCGGAGCUUCUUCUUGGGGCCACCUACUAUGGGACUGCUGUUGAUUUAUGGAGUACAGGUUGCAUACUUGCUGAAUUAUAUGCUGGAAAGCCUAUUAUGCCUGGAAGAACCGAGGUGGAGCAGCUGCAUAAAAUUUUCAAGCUAUGUGGCUCUCCUUCUGAAGAUUAUUGGAGAAAAUCAAAAUUGCCUCAUGCAACUAUAUUCAAGCCUCAACAGCCUUACAGACGUUGUGUUGCAGAAACAUUUAAGGAAUUUCCUGCACCGGCUUUAGCACUCAUGGAGACCCUACUCUCUAUUGACCCUGCAGAUCGUGGGACUGCAGCUUCUGCUCUGAAGAGCGAGUUCUUUACAAUAAAACCACUACCUUGUGAUCCUUCAAGCCUGCCCAAGUAUCCUCCUAGCAAAGAGUUCGAUGCAAAAAUGCGGGAUGAGGAAGCUAGAAGACAAGGGGCAGCAGGAAGCAAGGGCCAGAGACCUGAUAUUGAAAGAAAAGGAAUGAGAGAAUCUCGAGCCGUCCCAGCACCUGAUGCCAAUGCUGAGUUGGUCUUGUCAAUGCAGAAAAGACAAGGCCAGUCAAAUUCUAAAAGCCGGAGUGAGAAGUUUAAUCCUCGCCCAGAAGAAGAAGCUUCUGGUUUUCCAAUUGAUCCACCUAGACCAUCACAAGCUGCAGAAUCAAGUAUGGAUCCACAGGGGCAUCAGCAUAAGAGAGCCUCCCAUUCUGGGCCAUUAGCUCACCGUGCUGCUUGGGCAAAGGCCGGUAGAAAUACAGAGGAUGCUCCAAAGGUUUUGUCUGGGACUGACGUGUCAACAAUGUCAGGCUUUGUGGCAGCAAAGAGGAGUUUAUUAUCUGAAGACCGCAGAGAAAGGUCUGGCACAUCACAGCAAGACGUUCCAAAACUAAUGGCGAGGUUCCCAGGAUCCUUCAAGGAAUCAUCAGAUUCUUUUGUUCAGCAGGAUCAGAAACAUCACUGUCAGGGGGUUGCAGGUUCUCAUCAAAAAGAAGAUGGAAGAAUAGGCAAUAAUGAUCCAAUCCUUGUUGGCUAUGGAUCAAAGGGUCACAAAAUUCAUUAUUCUGGUCCUUUGCUACUUCCAUCUGGCAACGUGGAUCAGAUGCUGAAGGAUCAUGAUCGCCAGAUCCAAGAAGCUGUUAGAAGAGCCCGAAUUGACAAAGCAAAGGUCAGAAAAGUUCAGGUUGAAGGGAACCAAAUAUCAACCAAUUCAAUAUUCGUUUCUGGCCGUUGAUUAUGAUUAAACUCCCCAAGUGAGAAGUAAUGUGAGGAAGAUCAUGCAGAAUAAGUUGGCUGGUGAUUUUUCUUUCGUUAAAUAGAGUUAAAUUGUUAGAUGGGGUUUUUUGUAUAGGGGUUGUUCUUAGAAAGAAUAGCUAGUGGCAUAUAGCUCAUUGAAAAUUCUCUCCCCUCUGCAAUUUAUCAUGUGUAUUUACUUUUCACUCUUCCACAGCAAUUUCUGAACUAUGGGCCAUUCUUGUAGAGCAUUUUUAUUAGUCAUAAGCUGUAGAGUAUUUGGAAAAUAUGACAUUAUUUUAUGGUGUUAAAGAAAGAAAUCUUGCACGCACCAUGCUCGUCAAGCUCCAGCUGAAGAGGAGCUUCCUCCCUUUAUUCUUAAUUUCUUUAUGGUUGACGAAGACUAUAGUUAUGGCUGGAUGAUGGUGAAAGUGCUCUAUCUCGCAGUUGAUGUGAUUCUUGGUGACAAUUUCUUCCCAUCUGUAUAUGCAGUAGAUGGUACUUUUUGAAAUGGUUUUAAUUUACAGGUACUGUUGUAGAGGUUAGGUGUGUAGUUGAGCUUGAGCUGUGACUUUA